AUGUGUGCUAAUGCUGCUGCUGACCCUGCUGCUGCUGUCACAUUCAACUUCAGCUACGAGGAGCUCAGCACAGGACCUGGCUGCCAUCUAUACCCAUUUAACGUGACCAUCCGUAGUGACCGGCGUGGGACAUGUAAGGGAACCCAUGUUGUGUAUGCCUGUGUUGGAUACUGUGAGUCCAGUGCCUUUCCCUCACGCUACUCUGUCCUGGUGGCAUCUAACUUCACUCACAACAUCACCUCAGCGUCAAGAUGUUGUACCAUCAGCAAGGAUGCAAAGAUCAAAGUUCGUCUGGACUGCCCUCGUGCUCGUCAUCACAACGACAUUAAGAUCCUGACGGCGCGGGCCUGUCACUGCGACAUGUGUCGCAAGUCACGCUACUGAGACGCCACCGUCGCCGCGGGAACAUGCAACAAACUGUAACAUGAGGACUGGUAUAAGAUGGAGUCUCAAGGAGAGCAAUCUGUCAAUCAAAUGUACUGUAUAUGAGAGAGAGAGGUUUGUGCAUGCCUAGAAUGGAACGGUGGAGCAGGGAAAAAAGACUUGAGAAACACUUUUUAUAACGUUGCUUUAUUUAAGAAUUGUUGGUUAAAA